AUGCCCGAGCGCAAUUGCGGCAUAUUCAAGUCCAUAGCCGGCGUGACGUGCGUGGUCAUUGGCACCGGCGCACUGCAGAUUCCGUACGCCUUCUCUAAAACUGGCUGGUUCGGCAUCGCCAUAGUCAUUCUGUCCGGUGGCAUCGGAUCAUACACGGGGGUGCUCACCAUCAGGUGCCUCUACUACAAGGGCAAUGACGAGGAGCGCCUGCACUCGUUCCCCGACAUUGGAUAUGCGGCCUUUGGUCGGUGGGGCAGGUACGCGGCCCAGUUUUUCAACUACAUGUACACACUGGGCACCGCGUGCCUGUACAUUAUCCUUGCCGGCCAGUUCAUCUUUCAGAUGCUGUCGCCGCUCGGCGUCAAUGUCACAAAGAAGGUCUGGAUGAUCCUCGUCGCCAUCAUCAUGUGGAUUCCGGUUGCCCUCGUCAAGUCCAUGACCGAAGCUGCAUUCAUGACUAUCUCCGGCUUGGUGGCGUCCAUUAUCGUCAUUCUCAUCGCCACCAUCAUGUCCUUCCUGUUCCCGUACUCCACCGUCAACCCCAACGAGGUCCCAGCCAACCACGACUUUAUCAUCGCCGCCGGCAUUCCAGUAGCCCUCUCAUCGAUCGUGUUCUCGUUUGCCGGCUCCGUCGUCUACCCACACGUCGAGGCCACCAUGGCCCGCCCCAAGCAGUGGCCCAAAGUCAUGUGUAUCGCUAUGGCUAUGUGUGCCAUCAUGUACCUGAUCAUCGGCAUCUCCGGCUACUGGGCAUACGGCAGCAAGGUGCAGACGCCCGUGCUCGACUCGAUCCCGACCGGGCCGCCUAACACUAUCGCAAAGAUUAUGAUCACGCUGCACGUCAUCGUGGCGGCGCCGAUCAUGCUGCUGAGUUUCUAUCUCGAGAUCGAGAAUGCCUGGAAAAUCACUCCCGAGCGCCUGGGCAAAAAGCGCGAGUACACUGUGCGCCUCAUCUACCGCAGCGUUGUUGUGGUUGCUCUCUACGGGUUCAAGGUUAUCCGCUGGUAUGAGGCGAUUUGGAUGGGCUUUGUUCUUAUCCUCGGCAUGGUGGCCAGUAUCUGGGGCAGUGUCGAUGCUAUCAAGUCCCUGAUCAGCGACAUCACGAAAUGA